UUGUGUCGUGACUGUCUGCUCGGCUCUGCCUUCAAGAACUCCGGAAACAAGCCUCGAGAUGGAGAAGGAGGCUGCAACAUCCGCGUGAUCAUCGCCGGAGCACCAAUGGCUUUCCACCGAGCAAACUGAGGACACCGGUAUCCCCUGCCGCGCGUGAGGAAAUGGGCGGGUCCGGGGAAAGCUCGGUCACGCUGCGUGGGCGGGUGAGUGUAUAGUAACGGAGCUGCCGCGCUGGUAUUUAACAGAGAGCCGAGGAGAGCUCAGACAGGACGAAGCGUAGCCCGACAAAGCGAAGCGAUUUCAGCACCAGCGCGACUGGACAGCGACACGUAGCCCAAACAAACCCAACUAUCCAACAGCCAUCAUGGUUCUCAUCUGGACCCAGUUCGGUAUGAAGCACAAAAAUGUGAAUGUCAAGUGCAAAGUGCGAGUUAUGCACAGGGGUGACAGCUCAGGCUCAUCAUCAUCAGCGGAAAGCUCCAAAUCUGAGCAGGACACGCCCUGCCUGUCCAUCAAACCCACCGGCAAGGACUUCUACAAAGUCCUGGGUGUCUCCCCUGAAUCCAACGAAGAUGAGAUCAAGAAGGCCUACAGGAAGAUGGCUCUCAAGUACCACCCAGACAAGAACAGCGAUGCUGAUGCAGAGGACAAGUUCAAGGAGAUCGCAGAGGCCUAUGAGAUCCUGACUGACCCCAAAAAGAGAAGCAUAUAUGACCAGUUUGGAGAAGAAGGCCUUAAAAAUGGAAUGUCAAUGGCGGGCCAAGGCAAUGUUUUUCGCAAUAAUUUCCACGGUGACCCCCACGCCACCUUCUCCUCCUUCUUCCAUGGCUCCGACCACUUUGACAUCUUCUUUGGCUCCGACGUUGAUGGCGAAGAUGACCUCUUCAACCCCUUCAGACGGUUCCCCUUCAGCCAUGUGGGCGGGUUCGCCGGCUACGAGGGCGGGUUGCGAAGAGGCCAGCGGCGGCUGCAGGGCGAUGAGGUGGUGCACGACCUACUGGUGACCCUAGACGAGGUAAUGCACGGCUGCACGAAGCAUGUGAAGAUCGCCCGCAGCCGCCUCAACCCUGACGGCCGCAGCCUGCGAUCUGAGGACAAGGUGCUAAAUGUGGUGGUGAAGAAAGGCUGGAGAGCGGGGACCAAGAUCACCUUCCCCAGGGAGGGAGAUGAGACGCCCAACAGCACCCCUGCAGACAUCACCUUCAUUCUCAGGGACAAAGAGCACACCCAGUACAAGAGAGACGGCUCCAACAUCGUCUACACAGCCAAGAUCACCCUCAAAGAGGCUCUCUGUGGCUGCACAGUAAACGUCCCAACACUUGACAACCGAAUGAUGCCUCUACCAUGCAGCGAUGUUAUUAAACCAGGUGCUGUUCGGCGGCUGAGGGGCGAAGGUCUGCCCCUGCCCAAGAGCCCGUCCCAGCGAGGCGACUUGGUGGUGGAGUUCCAGGUGCUCUUCCCCGACAGGAUCCCACCACAGUCCCGCGAGAUCAUCAAGCACAGCCUGGCCCAGUGCUAGCCUGCUUUAUUGACCUGAUUGACACAGCUUCACCAUGUGUGUGUGUUGUUAUCAAUUCACAAAAACACAGCCUUGCCCAAGGUGCUAGUAUCACAACCAAUCACAACCUCUUAUUGUGUUUGGAGAUGGCAAGCAGCGCUUAAGUGAGUUGUAGUUCAGUGAGUAGAUGACUUUCUGCAGGUGUUAGGCAUGAUGCACAACAACUAUGAUGCUACACGGAGCAGUGAGUUCAGAACUGAUGAAUGGGGUCUUUGGUAUCUGAGGGCGUCCAUUGACUCAAUAGCCUUUCUCUUGAGUGAAAAGGUAAUUUGUACUGUUAUGCUUGCAAACCUAUGGCAGGAUAUCAGUGUGCUAUUCAAGUCUGUAUAGACUUCCUUAAACCUGAAUGGUAGAAACGUAAAAAAAACAAAAAAAAAACAACUUUAUUAUAGUUAUAUGGUGUUCAUAUGACUGAUCUUUUGCAUUGAUUUAUUACAAUAGCAAAAUGUACUUGUGUACAAAGAUCUACUUUGUGUACAAAAUGCAAAAACAUUGUCUCUAAGAGAGAUUCAUCUGUCAAAUGUUCUAUUGAAUUAUUUGAAAUGUUUAUAUAUAUAUUCUGCAACGUUGAUGUAUUAUUACCUGAGAGACAUGUUUGGAAGCAUGAAAAAUAAAGGAAAACAUAGAAUUUGA